AUGAAAAAAGUUAUUGUACUUCAGUCCAGGCUAUUUUAUAGCCAUUCAAAUAUUUUGGCUAAUAUACUCCAUGUACUCUCUUCUGAUGACAGAGGAAUUGAGUGGAUAAGCUUGACUGGGUUUAUUUCCUUCGCCACAUCAACACCUAACAAUCUGGGGCUAGUAAGGAAUGAGCUGCAGCUGGUGGACCUACCAACAGGCAGGAGCAUCGCAUUUCGUGGGGAGCGAGGCAAUGACGAGCCAGCUAUUGAAAUGAUAAAGGUGUCUCAUUUGAAGCAGUAUCUAGCUGUAGUAUUUAAAGAAAAACCACUGGAGAUCUGGGAUGUCAGAACAUGCACUCUGCUCAGAGAAAUAUCUAAAAACUUUCCUACAGCAACUGCUUUGGAGUGGUCACCUUCUCAUAACUUAAAAAGCCUGAGGAAGAAGCAGUUAGCAGCCCGUGAGGCCAUGGCCAGGCAGACGGUUGCAUCAGAUACAGAAGUUAGCAAUGUAGAAUCUUCUGUGAUCAGCUUGUUGCAGGAAGCCGAAAGUAAAUCGGAGCUGAGCCAGAACAUUUCUGCGAGGGAGCACUUUGUGUUUACAGGUGCUGAUGGGCAGGUUUAUCAUCUCACAGUAGAAGGAAACUCAGUAAAAGACAGUGCAAGAAUUCCUCCUGAUGGAAGCAUGGGUAGCAUUACGUGUAUUGCCUGGAAAGGGGAUAUCCUGGUUCUUGGAGACGUUGAUGGAAACUUAAACUUCUGGGAUUUGAAAGCUAGAGUAUCCAGGGGGAUUCCUACACACCGAAGCUGGGUGAAAAAGAUACGGUUUGCCCCAGGGAAAGGAAAUCAAAAACUCCUUGUGAUGUACAAUGAUGGAGCAGAAAUUUGGGAUUCCAAAGAGGUACAAAUGGUGAGCAGUUUAAGAAGUGGAAGAAACAUCAAUUUCCGAAUCCUGGAUGUGGACUGGUGCACGUCGGACAAAGUGGUCUUGGCAUCAGAUGAUGGGUGCAUUAGAGUUCUAGACUUGUCCAUGAAACCAUCGUGCUUUAGAAUGGAUGAACAAGACUUAAUAGAACCUGCAUGGUGUCCCUAUCUGCUUGUUCCAAGGGCUUCAUUGGCUUUAAAAGCGUUCUUGUUGCACCAGCCGUGGAAUGAGAAAUAUGCUCUAGAUAUUAUAAACAUUGAUUAUCCAGAGAAUGAAAAUAUUAAAAACCUUCUUCAAGAGCAGUUGAAUUCAUUGUCCAAUGACAUAAAGAAACUUUUGCUUGAUCCAGAUUUUACUCUGUUGCAAAGAUGUCUCCUAGUUGCCAGACUGUAUGGGGAUGAAUCUGAACUGCAUUUCUGGACUAUUGCUGCCCACUAUUUGCACAGCUUAUCCCAGCAAAAGCCUGCAAAACCAACAGACACAGCUAUCCUUCAAGAACAGUUGGUUAAUCCAUUGGAUAUAUGCUAUGACAUACUGUGUGAAAAUUAUUACUUCCAGAAAUUCCAGCUUGAAAGGGUAAAUCUCCAGGAGGUGAAGAGAUCAACAUAUGAUCAUACCAGGAAAUGUGCUGAUCAGCUGCUUCUCUUGGGCCAGACUGACAGAGCAGUGCAACUAUUGUUAGAAACAAGUUCAGAGAAUGCACGUUAUUACUGCGAUUCACUCAAAGCUUGCUUGGUCACAACUGUCACCUCAUCAGGUCCAUCUCAAAGUACCAUUAAACUGGUAGCAACCAACAUGAUAGCCAAUGGAAAGCUCGCAGAGGGUGUACAGUUACUGUGUCUGAUCGAUAAGGCUGCUGAUGCCUGUCGUUACUUGCAAACUUACGGCGAAUGGAAUCGUGCAGCAUGGCUUGCAAAGGUUCGUUUGAACUCAGAGGAGUGUGCUGAUGUGUUAAAGCGUUGGGUCGAUCACCUCUGCUCUCCACAAGUCAACCAGAAGUCCAAAGCCAUUCUUGUCCUCUUGUCACUUGGAUGCUUUACAAAAGUUGCGGAGAUGUUGCACAGUAUGAGGUACUUCGAUAGAGCGGCUUUAUUUGUUGAAGCUUGUCUGAAGUAUGGGGCAUUUGAAGUUAAUGAUGAUACAAAUAAAUUGAUCCAUGCUGUAUAUGCAGAUUAUGCCAGAAGCUUGAAGCUCCUGGGCUUUAAACAGGGAGCUAUUCUCUUUGCCUCAAAAGCGGGAGAAACUGGUAAAGAGUUACUGAUGGAGCUCAAACAGUCUAAAGAGGAAGUGACACAAGAGUAA